AUGGCCUCUGCAACUGAGCCCACCCCUUCGCUAGCUACCUCGUCAGAAGCCUCGCGAGAAAAAGCAGUUCCCGCAGCCAGAACUGAGUUGACGAUCCUCGAUCGCGUCGAUCGGCUAAACCAAUCUCAGAGCGCGCUCUUGGUCUUCCGGCCAGCGCGCGGUCGGGCCGUUAUGACUCGCUCCGGUUUCACCGCUUUGCCAAGACUCCAAGGGAAUCUGUGUUCCCUCUCCAGGUUUGGAAAUAAUCCCAUGGGAGUCAGGCAGCUGAGAUUCGGGGUAUCACUGGACUUUGGAGGAUAUGCUUGGCGUGAAAGCCCAGACAUGCUCGUUCAUGAUUGCUGCUUUGCACUGAACUGCCGUGGAGAAACAAAAGAGGGUGACAAAAGACAAACUCUUAAUGGAUUAAUUCCAUAUAAACAAGAAAGGUGUUUCCAUGUCACUUACCCACCAAACCAGAUAACUCCCUCCAAUCAGGGGAAAAUUUCAGUUUUAUGCUCUACAACAAGUUUGGCCUUGUUGGAGGACUGUCCAAAGGUCAGCGAGUUGGCUGCUGGUGAUUGGAUGCUCACCCAGAAGCCAAAGUCUAUUACUGUGCCCGUGGAAAUCCCCAGCUUGCUGAAGGAUGAGUAUCACAUCCACUCUCUGGAAGCUUUCUUGGGCCUUGAGUCUGACUUUGGACCUUACAUCACUGGCUGUCCUGGUUCCCAGGCCUUUGGAUUUGGAGUAGAACUACAUCACCAACCCCCAUGGGCCUCCAGCUUGUGGAUGGCAGACUCUGUCAUUGCUCCUCAGAUUGUCAGUGGCUGCUAUGCAGCAGGUGCAGCCUGCUCUCUUACUAGGUCUUCACUCCACAAAGGCAACGACUGGCCAAGGCAGCGGCUGACCCUGGAUUACACAAGUGCAGACACUCAACUAAGUGAGCUGGAAGACCCAGAGGAAGGCCAGGGCUCAGGUGCCCACAUGAUCAGCACAGCCAGCGUACCUGCCGAUAAGCCAGUGCGCAUCGCCUUCAGCCUCGAUAAUGCCUCAGAUGAUACACCUCCUGAGGACUCCAUUCCUCUGGUCUUUCCAGAAUUAGACCAGCAGCUACAGCCUCUGCCGCCUUGUCACGACUCCCUGGAAUCCAUGCAGGUGUUCAAGCAGCACUGCCAGAUAGCAGAAGAGUACAAUGAGGUCAAGAAGGAAAUCGCUCUGCUUGAGGAAAGGAAAAAGGAGCUCAUUGCCAAGCUGGACCAGGCAGAAAAGGAGAAGGUAGAUGCUGCUCAGCUGGCCCGAGAAUUCGAGGUACUGAUGGAGGAGAACCGGACAUUGAAGUUGGCUCAGUCCCAAUGUGUAGAACAGCUGGAAAAACUUAGAAUACAGUAUCAGAAGAGACAGGGCUCAUCCUAACUUGAAACUACUCAAUGUGAGCAUAAAAGGUUGGUGACUGCUGUGUCCUGGCCAAAAGAUUUUCGUUGUAAGGGGAUAGUGUGUAAAACCCAUUGUUUCUUUUUAUUACCCACGUGGCAAACAUCUGUAAUGAAUUUAACGCUUGCUAGAUGGAGUUUGUGAGAAAGGAGAUUAUAUUUUAAAUAAGAUAAUUAAAGCAAGCCUAUUGGCAAUAUAUGUCUUCAGAGAUCAUAACUCAUUUCCAAAGAUAUAUAUUUUUUCUUAUUUACAAAGAUGUGAUCAGACUGUACAUCAGGGUAGAAAAUGAUGAAAAUAGAAUAUUGACUGACCCCGCUAACAAUCAUGAACAGAAUUAAGCCAGAAAAACAAACUGGUAAGACGCUCACUGUAGUUUCAUACCUGUGUAUUCUUAAAUUUCAUGUCUUGAAUAUUUUAACUGUGCUCAAACCUGAAGUCAGAAACUUCUGUGCACAUUUUUAGGUUCACCGGAGUUAGGUUUAAUCCCUCAGUGAUUGAUUGUACUGAGAAUAAAUGGUUGCCUAUCAUAAAAGCUUUCUCAUGAAAAUAUUAGCAGAAAGCAUGUUUGUGCCAAUUCCUACUGCCAGUGCUAACUUGCUGUUGUGAUAAAAAGCUGAUACAGCUGCAUUUUUUUUCCACACCAUGUUACCAGCCAGUAAACAUCUCUGCCUUUGCUUGUGUGUGUUUUGGGGGCAUGCGGGAAAUGGAAAAGUAUCAUUUGGACAUUACUUUGGUGACAUGAAAACAUCAUUAAAACCAUGACUAUGAUUUGGAUUUAAGGAGGUUUUGGAUCAGCGAUAACUAAGAUGAAUAUGUGGAGAAGAAUAAAAUGAUCCUUCCCCUGUUGCACCUAUCACCAUAGUUCCCCAAGUGGAUCUCUUUGUUUUAUGUCCAUUUCUAUUCAUGUAACUUCUUUUUCAUUAAACAUGGAUCAAAACUGUC